AUGGCCAUGAGGAGGGCGGCGCAGCAGGCGGCGCGGUUCGCCAUGCUGGGGCCGCACGUCCCUCACAUUGCGCCCGCUGCGAGGAGCCUUCAUGCGUCCGCCGGCAGCAAGAAGAUCGUGGGCGUGUUCUACAAGGGCGGCGAGUACGCCGACCGGAACCCCAACUUCGUCGGCUGCGCCGAGCACGCCCUCGGCAUCCGCGGCUGGCUCGAGUCGCAGGGCCACCAGUACAUCGUCACCGACGACAAGGACGGCCCCAACUGCGAGCUGGAGAAGCACAUCGCGGACGCGCACGUGCUCAUCACCACGCCGUUCCACCCGGCGUACGUGACGGCGGACCGCAUCGCGCGCGCCAAGAACCUGGAGCUGCUCCUCACGGCGGGGAUCGGCUCCGACCACGUCGACCUGCCGGCGGCCGCGGCCGCGGGGCUCACCGUCGCCGAGGUCACCGGCAGCAACACGGUGUCGGUGGCGGAGGACCAGCUCAUGCGCGUCCUUGUCCUCAUGCGCAACUUCCUGCCGGGCCACCACCAGGCCAUCCGCGGGGAGUGGGACGUGGCCGGCGUCGCGCACCGGGCGUACGACCUGGAGGGGAAGACGGUGGGCACCGUCGGCGCCGGCCGGAUCGGGCGCCUGCUGCUGCAGCGCCUCAGGCCGUUCAACUGCAGACUGCUCUACCACGACAGGCUCCGGAUCGACCCGGAGCUGGAGGCGGAGACCGGCGCCCAGUUCGAGGCGGAGCUCGACGCCAUGCUGCCCAAGUGCGACGUCGUCGUGCUCAACAUGCCGCUCACCGAGAAAACUAGAGGCAUGUUCGACAAGGAGAGGAUCGCGAGGAUGAAGAAAGGCGUGAUCAUCGUGAACAACGCUCGAGGCGCGAUCAUGGACACGCGGGCAGUGGCGGACGCUUGCGCCACCGGGCACAUCGCUGGAUACGGCGGCGAUGUGUGGCACCCUCAGCCUGCGCCCAAGGACCACCCGUGGCGCUACAUGCCCAACAACGCCAUGACCCCUCACAUCUCCGGCACCACCAUUGAUGGCCAGCUGAGGUAUGCGGCCGGGGUCAAGGACAUGCUGGAGAGGUACUUCAAGGGUCAGGAUUUCCCAGUGCAGAAUUACAUCGUCAAGGAAGGCAAGCUCGCGGGCCAGUACCAGUGA